AUGCUCGCUGUUCACUACGGGCACGCCGACGUGGCUGAUUACUUGCUGACAAAAAACCCGGAGCUCGCCACAACGGGACGGACGGUUUUGCACGACGCGGCACGCAAUGCGAUGUUAACAACCGUUGAACAACUCUUACUGCAUGGCUUAAGUGGCACAACCCAAGACGUGGAGUGGCGACGAACGCCGCUACAUGAAGCUGUCCGGAGCGGUGACCUUGCGACAGUGCAAUUUCUCCUUGACCAUUGCCCAAAGGCCACUGUCAACUACCAAGACGUGCAUGGCGCGACCGUUCUACAUUACGCCGCCCGCACCGGCAGCCUCGAGAUGGUUAUCGUGCUGCUAUGCGCAGGUGUAGAUGUGAGUAUUUUGGACGGUCAUGGCCAAACAGCGUGGCGGGUUGCUCUUUCGUGCGGUCACGAUGCCAUCGCCAGCGAGAUCCGGAAGCGCUGGAGUCUCACGGACGAGCACGAAGACACCGACACGAUAGACGAUAUGAACGACGAUGAGGCAGUGUUGACGCCAGCGCAGCGUGUCGCGGCGGCACUAGAGGGUCCGUUACGCAACCUCGAGCUCCUUCUGGAAAUGGGCCUGGACAUCAAUGAGCGCGACGCGAGCGAUGGCCGCACGAUGCUCAUGAAAGCAUCGAUGAAAGGGUUCACGACGGUGGUUCGGUUUUGCGUCCAACGCGGCGCGACCAUCGACGAGAUCGACAACGCGGGGCGAACAGCGCUCCUCCACAGUGCCCCUCACAGCGACGUAGCUCUAUACCUGCUAUCCCAUGGUGCCAAUAUCUUGCACCAAGACGAUGGAGGCCGCAGUGUCCUGCACGAAGCCGCUAGUCAUGGCUACACCUUCAGCGAGAUCAUUGCCGUGCGCAAUGUCCAUGUCGACAUCAAGGACAAUGCAGGGUUGACACCGCUGCACGAUGCUGCCAAGGUCGGCAGUGCCGUGGGUACCAAGAAACUGCUGAACCUUGGCGCGCGUGUGAGUUGCGCAGACUUGGACGACCGAACACCGAUUCACUACGCCGCUAUGAACCCAUCACCCGCGGCGCUUCGAGUCCUCUUGCAGGCAGAGGCCCGCGCAGCUUCUCUUCGAGACCAACGCGGCCGCUCGGCGGUGUUUGCUGCCAUUGAGCGCGGUCACAUCGCGUGCGUCGAGGUGCUUCGAGCGUUCGGUGUCGCGCUCGACGAGACGGAUCCACAGAACGCGACCUUGCUCCAUGCCGCGAUUGCGUCGAAACAAGACGCUUCUGUGGACUACCUCUUGGCGCAAACUCCAGUUGUCGAAUGGGCGGAGCCACUGAAGGGCUCCCUUGAUACGCCGCUGCACUUGGCGUGUCGAAUGGGUUAUGUCUACGCAGUCGACAAGCUCCUGAGUUCCGCCGCGGCUCCCCUCUCCACACGGGUGAAUGCUGCUGGCGACUCACCGCUUCAGACUGCUACCCGCUGCGGUCGCGUCGAUGUCCUAUCCAGUUUCAUAUCGCAUGGCUUCGACUUGACGGUGACAGACCGCGAAACGGGUGCUUCGCUCCUACACGUCGCGGCCGAGAUCGACACAGAGACUUUGGACCCGACUCUUGUGCCGUUGUUAGUCCAAACAGGGGUCUCGAUGACUCUUUUCGACAAGAAAGGGUGGCAGCCACUGCACAUUGCGGCGGCGCGCGCCAAAGGUGCGGGUGUUGUUCAAGCUCUUAUCGCGGCGGGCGCUCCUGUCAACAGCGCUGCCAAGAAUAACAUGACGCCGUACCAUUGCGCAGCCCAAAUGGGCAUUGGAGAGAUCAUCGCGAUAUUCAAGGCGAAUGGUGUGUCAUAGUUGCGAGCCAACGAGUCAUGCCCCCGAGCGCUCAAGUAGCAUAAUUUAGCCAACAGAACUACUGUACUAUAAAACAGACGAUUGCUUGUCUGCACCU